AAGGCACAAGCCCAGCCCAGACCCGGGGACUCACCGCGCUGCUGAGUUCCUAUUUUUCCGAAAGGACAUUCGUAAUUAUAAAGAGGAACCGAGUGCGACCCACGUAGAGCGCUUUAUUUUACGUAUAUUCUUUUUUUUCUGGAUUUCAGAUGACUUUAUAGCGCGUAUUUAUCAUAUUUUUCUCUGCUUUUUGGUUUGGAUUUACGAAGGGCGUGUAUGUGAUCUGUGUCGGGAGUUUUGUCUCCUGACUGUACUUCGAUACAUUGAGGAAUGACAUCAACUGGAAAAUAACAGCGAAUCGCAUGAAUGGAGAACAUGGAAAUCAACGUUCUGGAGAAUAAUUUUGAGAAGAAACUAACACUAACGGAAAAAUGCGCCCCCUCCCCCCUGGCCUCCCCCCUCCAGAGCCCCGCCCUGAGGGAGCUGCAGAGUCCAGGAGACUCGGCCAUCACAGACCUCUCCCCCAACACAGACUCAUGCCUGCUGUCCAGCCCAGAGCCCUCCACCAGGACCGACGCCCCCGCGGGCACCCCGGCCCCCCCAUGCACGCCGGGCACCCAGGGCACCAGCACCAGCCCGCAGCCGAGGAAAGAUGGGAUGAACUCUGAGCAGAGACAGAAGCUGGCCAAGGAGCGGAGAGAGGAGCGCACCAAGUAUAUAGAACAGCAGACCCAGCUGCAAGCGGCUAAGAAGGCCCAGUGGCUGGAGAAGGAGGAGAGGGCUCGCCGCCUGAGGGACAGCCAGCUGGAGGAGCGCAGGAGGAGGCUGGAGGAGCAGAGGCUGAAGACAGAGAGACGCCGGGCGCUCCUGGAGGAGAAACAGCAGCAGAAACUAGAGAAGAACAAGAAGCGCUAUGAACAGGCCAUCAAGAGGUCCACCAAGAAGACAUGGGCAGAGAUCCGCCAGCAGAGAUGGUCCUGGGCCGGGGGCCUGAACCAGACCUCCCGCAGGGAAAGCCGGUGUUCAGCCUCCACAGUCAACCUGCCGAGGCAGCUGGAGCCUGUCAUUAACAGCAGGCUGUCCAAGUCGUCCGCCACGCUGUGGAACUCCCCCAGUAGAACCCGCAGCCUGCGUCUGAGCCCGUGGGAGAGCAGGAUCGUGGAGCGCCUCAUGACCCCCACGCUGUCCUUCCUGGCUCGCAGCCGCAGUGCCGCCACCCUGCUCAACACCAGCGACUCCAACUCCCAGCAGUGCUCUCGGUCUGCCUCGGCCAGCCCCCUGACCGCCUGCUCCCACCUGCACCACCGCCACCCAGACCGCCACGCCCCCCCCGAUCGCUGGAGGGUCUCUGCCAGCACGCCCGACAUCACCCAGCGCCCUCGCCGUCGCAACUCUACUCCACUGGAGAAGAAGAACAAGGAGAAGAAAGACAAGGAAAGGGAGAAUGAGAAAGAGAAGAACGCUCUCUCCAAGGAGAAGGUGCCAAAGCAGAAGCCACCCUCUUCCUCCAGAUCCAGGCCAGAGGCCAGUGUUCCUAAACCCAAGAAAAGACCCCCAUCCCCUGGGGCCCCCAAAAGCAGGCCCCUGUCUCCCUGCCCCCCUGUGGCCCCCAGGACCCCCUCCACAGGCACCAAGACCCGCCCCAAACGCGCCUCUACCCCCGCCAGGAUACCGGCACAGACCGUCACCACCGUUCCUGUGGAAACAAACAGAAAGCCACGUCUCCUCGACAGCCCCGGAGACACAAAAACAGGCUCCAGUGCUGUUCCUGCCGUCUUGGUCUCUGCCCCACCCACCCCCCCGUCCCUGACUGUCCCAGUCACAGUUAGCCCCUCCUCCCCAGAGCCGGCUGCCUCGACUGCCCCAGCUAGCCCCCUUACACCUGUGGUUACAGCAGUUCCAGUUGAACUACCUGCCCCUUCACCUGCCCCUGCCCAGCCCUCCAAGCCCUCUGCCCCUGCACCUGCCGAGCCCUCCAAGCCCUCUGCCCCUGCACCUGCCCAGCCCUCCAAGACCCCUUCCCCUACACCUGCACCUUCCUUCAGGCCCUCAGCCCCUGCCCAGUCCUCCAAGCCCUCUGCCCCUGCCCCUGCCCAGCCCUCCAAGCCCUCUGCCCCUGCACCUGCCCAGUCCUCCAAGCCCUCUGCCCCUGCCCCUGCCCAGCCCUCCAAGCCCUCUGCCCCUGCACCUGCCCAGCCCUCCAAGCCCUCUGCCCCUGCCCAGCCCUCCAAGCCCUCUGCCCCUGCACCUGCCCAGCCCUCCAGGCCCUCUGCUGGUACCAACGACCCGGAGGAGGCGGCUCGUGCGCUGGCAGAGAAGCGUCGUGUUGCCCGGGAGCAGAGGGAGAGAGAGGAGCAGGAACGCCAGGAGCAAGAACUGAGAAACAGGGCCCUGCGCGAGGAGGGCAAGGCUCGCGAGGCAGAGGAGAGGAGGCGCAGGGAGGAGGAGGCGCGGGUGAUGGUGGAGGAGCAGAGAGCCAGGGACCAGGCUCAGCAGCUGCAGGAGGAGAACGACAGGCUGCAGAAACAGAGAGACGAGGCAGAGGGGAAGGCUCGCCAGGAGGCAGAACGGCAGCGUCUGGAGAGAGAGAAGCACUUCCAGAGAGAAGAACAGGAACGCCUGGAGAGGAAGAAGCGCCUGGAUGAGAUCAUGAAGAGGACUCGCAAGAGCGACGCAGGAGAAAAGAAGGACACAAAGUCGUCAUCUCAGCUCAAUGGCAAGGACAACAGUUCAGACACAGAGAUCAAUCAAGCACCAGGAAGCCUGCAGAGCCCUUCAGAGUUAUUGGAUAGCAGUCCAGCAGACAUGAACCAAUCACAAGGAGGGUCUGGCUCUGUGCUGAAUGGUGUUCAACCUAUCAAACAACAGAACGGCCUGUCAUCCAAUGGAGAAGCAGCUGACUUUGAGGAGAUCAUUCAGCUGUCCAAUCACAGUGGGAAGAGCACGUUGGGGUCAGAUGACCAGCAGAGUGACCCAAUCCUGGCUCUGGAGGGAGAGGAGCCCUUCCUGAGGAAGACCAGCCCCAUGAAGCCUCAGCAUGUUGCAGAGGUCCUGUGAGUGCCCAUGCUGUAGGGCGACCCUGGUGGACCCUAACCCUGACCCUGUGACUAGAGAGCAGCAGCUGCUCAGGAGGACGUGUGCCAAACAAACACACAAACAUCCACACCACACACACGAGGAGGAGGGGACACACAUCCACACACACCAGGAGGAGGAGGGGACAAACAUCCACACACACCAGGAGGAGGGAAAACAGAAAGAAAACUAAACUCAUUACAAAAUGAACAAAAAAUUUGCUAACUAAUGUAAACAUUUUCAUUCUCCUUCACUGCCUCUUACAGUCCAAGAUUUGUUCAAAUGUCACAUGCAGAUUUUGGUGCACCUUAAAUGACUGACAAUACAAGGCCUGAAAAUACACAGUAUUAGAUCAUGGUUGUUAUUAUCAUUAUUGUUGACGUUAUAAUAUUACUAUUGUUAUCUUAAAUUGAACAAAGUGUGUGUUGUUUCUUUUUGUCUUGAAUCAUUGAGCUUAUUUAAUGUGUGAAACAUUGUAAGGAUAGGCCACAAAUACUGUAUGUAAAUGUGUAUGAUCUUGGCUCUGUGGAUUAAAGCUUUAUGAAAGAGAUGUCUGCUUUUCUGUUAGUCAAGCAGGAUUUGAUCGUUUGAGGAAACACUCGUUAGCUGCGAGUUGCUUAAUUUCAUUAAUAAAAGAAGAACUUAGUGUU